AUGCAGGUCUGCGCAGAGCUCAACAAUCCAAGUCUAGGAUCAGUGAAGGCCUGGUCUGGACAUCGGGGGAAUUGGACCUGUAUCACAGCCUAUUCUGAUGAUAGACGGGACCAGAGUAUUGGAACCUGUGGGUACUUGUGGGAUACCAGCCAACAUGUCCGCCUGAAGCAUUCAUACCGUCUGAAACCAUCAUCUAACCGAACCAUCUCAUUAGCGGGAGGGAUACCCUUCCUUGGACGCUUUGCUAUUCUUCAUACUGAGAUCACCAUCCUCAAUGUUCCUUUCAAUACAGAUGAUGAUCAUAUCAACCAUCAGCAUGGGGACUUCCUGUCCGUUGAAGCAUUAGGCCGUACCAUUGAACAGUACUUCCCAGAUAAGGAGAGCAUGAUCGUAGCAUCAGAUCAUUUUCCAAGUCACGACCUCUCCGAUCUUUCACCUUUGACCACUUGUGGUUUGAUUCACGUGUCACCAAAGGGUCAGAUGCCAAAUGGAGUUGACCAUUCGCCAGAACUGAAGCAUACUAAUAAUAUUUUCUUCAGCAAUGAGCUACAGAAGUGCUUUAGAGGUUCAUGUGGUGUUGUCAAGGAAGGUCUUUCACAUCCACUCAUACCAGCAGGCUGGACCUGGGGUGGACUGGUAACAGAUCACUCUUUAGCAUGGGCAGAGCUUAUAUUCCAGUUAUGAUCAUUUCUCUCAGAGGGGAUAAAGAAUGGUAUAAUCCAUGGGUGGACUGGUAUCAGAUCACUCUUUAGCAUGGACAGAGCUUAUAUUCCAGUUAUGAUCAUUUCUCUCAGAGGGGAUGAAGAAUGGUAUAAUCCAUGGGUGGACUGGUAUCAGAUCACUCAUUAGCAUGGGCAGAGCUUAUAUUCCAGUUAUGAUCAUUUCUCUGAAAGGGGAUAAAGAAUGGUAUAAUCCAUGGGUGGACUGGUAUCAGAUCACUCAUUAGCAUGGACAGAGCUUAUAUUCCAGUUAUGAUCAUUUCUCUCAGAGGGGAUAAAGAAUGGUAUAAUCCAUGGAUGGACUGGUAUCAGAUCACUCAUUAGCAUGGACAGAGCUUAUAUUCCAGUUAUGAUCAUUUCUCUCAGAGGGGAUAAAGAAUGGUAUAAUCCAUGGGUGGACUGGUAUUAGAUCACUCAUUAGCCUGGGCAGAGCUUAUAUUCCAGUUAUGAUCAUUUCUCUGAGAGGGGAUAAAGAAUGGUAUAAUCCAUGGGUGGACUGGUAUCAGAUCACUCUUUAGCAUGGGCAGAGCUUAUAUUCCAGUUAUGAUCAUUUCUCUGAGAGGGGAUAAAGAAUGGUGUAAUCCAUGGGUGGACUGGUAUCAGAUCACUCAUUAGCAUGGGCAGAGCUUAUAUUCCAGUUAUGAUCAUUUCUCUGAAAGGGGAUAAAGAAUGGUAUAAUCCAUGGGUGGACUGGUAUCAGAUCACUCUUUAGCAUGGGCAGAGCUUAUAUUCCAGUUAUGAUCAUUUCUCUCAGAGGGGAUAAAGAAUGGUAUAAUCCAUGGGUGGACUGGUAUCAGAUCACUCUUUAGCAUGGGCAGAGCUUAUAUUCCAGUUAUGAUCAUUUCUCUCAGAGGGGAUAAAGAAUGGUAUAAUCCAUGGAUGGACUGGUAUCAGAUCACUCUUUAGCAUGGGCAGAGCUUAUAUUCCAGUUAUGAUCAUUUCUCUGAAAGGGGAUAAAGAAUGGUAUAAUCCAUGGGUGGACUGGUAUCAGAUCACUCAUUAGCAUGGACAGAGCUUAUAUUCCAGUUAUGAUCAUUUCUCUCAGAGGGGAUAAAGAAUGGUAUAAUCCAUGGAUGGACUGGUAUCAGAUCACUCUUUAGCAUGGGCAGAGCUUAUAUUCCAGUUAUGAUCAUUUCUCUGAGAGGGGAUAAAGAAUGGUGUAAUCCAUGGGUGGACUGGUAACAGAUCACUCAUUAGCAUGGGCAGAGCUUAUAUUCCAGUUAUGAUCAUUUCUCUGAGAGGGGAUAAAGAAUGGUAUAAUCCAUGGGUGGACUGGUAUCAGAUCACUCUGUAGCAUGGGCAGAGCUUAUAUUCCAGUUUUGAUCAUUUCUCUGAAAGGGGAUAAAGAAUGGUUUGAUGCCAUGGCUGGGGGGUGUCUAAUAGAAUUUACUAUAUCUUAAGACAAUUAUUUGGAGACGUGUGUGACCAUGUUUGUCUUUACAUUUGUUUUUCACUAAAUUUUAUAUUUUAAGAUUUUUUUUCAAUUUGAAAUCAGAUUAUGACAUAAGUUAACAGUUGAUUUUCUAAGUCUCAUAGAAUGAUGAUCAUAAAAUCAGUUGUCUUAGUGGUUAUUAUCAGGUAUUAUUUGAAUCUUGUAUUAGAAUCAGUUAUAAUUUAAUCAUGAUAGAACAGACGAUUGAGCAAACUGAUCAAAUAAAGAUUUGCAUUUCUCUUAUUUAGAUUGUCUUGACAGCAACGUGUUUGUAUGUCAUGUUUUAUAUAUAAUUUUCAGUUUUCCUUGAAAAUUCUCUUUGAGGCCCUCAGGAGAAAGGGAAAAAAUCACAAACAUUUACAAACAAACAUGACUAAUAUUGAUCAAAAUCUCAUGAUUGUAAAGUAGAUUGAAAUUUAUCAAAAUAUGAUACAAUGGUUGCAUUUGAAUACUUUUUGUUCUCACUGAAAAAAGGAGCUGUAAUGAUAAAAAGAAAGAAUGAAACUUAUUACUUCAUUGAGUCCUUGAAUUCAUUUCUUGGUUCAUUUUAUGCAACAGUAGCCUUUUGGAGGUGUUAAUAAGAUUUACCAUCUUGCCAGUAUAAUUGCCUGUUAAUAUUUUUACAUCUUUUAAAAUAUAUUUCUUCAAGUCGUUAUAUGAAAAUUAUGUUUAUAGAUUGAAUUUAUAGGAUUUAAAAAAAGCAAAUCAGUAUAAAUGAGUAAUGCAUGUCAACAAGUAAAUUGCUGGAGUAUUUUCUCGCAUUGACAAAUUUUAUGCGCCACUUUGAGAGUUGACUUUUCAAAAUGCCUUUCACUUUUACCAGGGUACCAGAGUUGGUCGCUGAGACAAAAUCUUGCUUAUAUAACACACAUUUUGAAUUCUCUAAUGACCCAUUCUUGAAUGUAUUCUUGCCUAUUUUUGUAACAUAGAAAUAAAAUGCUCUGAUUGCAGGUUUGAGAAAGAGAAAUGUAGUUUUAUGUAGCAUAUUAUUUUUUAGAAAUUCCAUAGAGGAGUUAUAUACUACCAUUUUCCAUUUCAAUUGCAGUAUAUCAACAUUAGAUUGAUAGAUUUUCACUGAAUUGAUGGUGAUUUGAAGUGCUCUGACUGCCAUAC